CCGAUAGAUUUUGCAUAGUCUAUGAUUCAUUAAGAUGGAUCGGGUCCCUUAGUGCGAAUCUUGGUUCAAUUUGUGACUUAUCCCCGCUUACUAACGAGUUUCCGUUAAUACUAUUGGAGAGGAUCAUUAUAGCGCCAUGGUUGUGUCGGAUUGGGAGAGUACCAUGGAGCUGCCACAGGGGAAGAAGCCACGUUCAGGCACCGAGCAUUCGGAUCUCGAUCUCCCUUCUUGGAUUUCCUACUCGGGUAUGGAGGUUUUCGCUCCCGAGCAUUACCCUAUUGUGGGGCGCCUCAAAAUCUAUGAAACCGUAUAUAAUGAAUAUAAAGAGUAGGGCAACGUCGUUGCCAUUCUAGGGUCUGUUUGUUUUUAUCCCUCGAGUCAACGGAGACAGUACAGGAUUAACUAUAUUAACAUCAACAUUACAACCAAUCGGAAUAAUAGCGAUUCAGUGCAACUGAAGAGCGCGGACAACAUUUUAAGGUUUACCUCGAGCGAGACCUUAAAGUCUUCUGCGUGCCCGGCAAGGAUUCCCACGCCAUGGCUUCGCAUAAGAAGAGCGAGGACCCCUUGGUCGACAAUGACCGACAGGAACGGGAGUGUUACAGCAGUGAUUCGACAAUGGCAUCAGAUCAAGCCUCGGAAUCUCGGUCCCCCAUGGGGUUAAUCGACGAGGAGGGAAUCGAAACCCUUAAUCGCAUCGCCACCCAAAGCUCACGUCGUCGGUCGAGUGUCUAUCCCCCAAAUCUCCCCACGAGAACCUCGACGUUGGCUACGAUUUCCGAAAAUGACCCAGCCGUUGAUCCUCAAGGGCCCUCGUUCGAUCUGAACAAGUGGCUGAAGAUGGUUCUUCGGGAGUCCGAAAGACAAGGCAGAGAAAGUCACCGGACAGGCAUCGUCUUCAAGGAUCUCACGGUAUCUGGAACCGGAGCAGCACUGCAGCUCCAGGACACAGUAUCAUCCAUGCUAUCUGCACCCCUUCGCAUCGGCGAGAUGAUGAGAAAUCGACGGUCGCCGCCAAAGCGAAUUCUGAAUGAGUUCAAUGGCUUGUUGGAGAGCGGGGAAUUACUUCUCGUCUUGGGUCGUCCAGGAUCCGGAUGUAGUACCUUCCUCAAGUCUCUAUGUGGCGAGCUCCACGGCCUGUCUUUGAGCAAAGAGAGCGUUAUCCAUUAUGAUGCGUAUGCCGCUGACCAGGAUGUGACAGGAAUCCCUCAGCAACGAAUGGUCAAGGAGUUCAAGGGUGAAGUUGUGUAUAACCAAGAGGUGGACAAACACUUUCCUCAUUUAACCGUCGGCCAGACGCUCGAAUUUGCCGCCCUGGCGAGAACACCAGCUCAACGAAUCCGUGACAUGUCCCGCGAAGAGUUCGCUAAGCAUAUCACCCAGGUAGUCAUGGCCAUUUUUGGUUUGAGCCACACCUACAAUACUAAGGUCGGAAAUGACUUCGUCCGCGGAGUAUCGGGUGGUGAACGGAAGCGUGUCAGUAUCGCGGAGAUGGCUUUAGCUCACUCCCCCCUAGCUGCAUGGGAUAACUCCACCCGAGGCUUGGAUUCCGCAACGGCAUUGAAGUUUGUGGAGGCACUACGCUUAUUUGCCGACCUCACUGGGUCUGCACACGCAGUGGCGAUCUACCAGGCUAGUCAGAGCAUCUACGACACCUUUGACAAAGUAGUUGUCCUUUAUGAGGGACGUCAGAUCUACUAUGGCCCUGCGAAGUCUGCUAAGUCUUACUUCGAACGACAAGGAUGGGAAUGCCCUCAGCGACAGACCACUGGAGACUUUUUGACUUCGGUGACCAACCCCAGUGAACGUAAAGCACGUCCGGGCAUGGAAAACCAAGUUCCACGCACUGCCGAUGACUUUGAAGCGUAUUGGCGCAAAUCCCCAGAAUACCAGAAGCUCAUGUCCCAGAUUUCCAACUAUGAGCAGCAACAUCCGCUGGAGGAGGAUGGUGCCGCCCUUGCAACAUUUCAGCAGAAGAAGCGCGAGAUACAGGCGAAACAUACUCGUCCGCAGUCGCCCUAUUUGCUUAGUGUGCCCAUGCAGAUCAAGCUCAAUACUAAGCGAGCAUACCAACGUGUGUGGAACGAUAUCUCUUCUACUGUGUCAACUGUUAUUAGUCAAAUUAUCAUGGCUCUGAUUAUCGGAUCUGUGUUCUACGGUACCCCGGAUGCAACUGCAGGCUUCACUGCCAAAGGUGCCACCUUGUUCUUCGCGGUCUUACUCAACGCUCUUAUUGCAAUGUCGGAAAUCAACAGUCUUUACUCGCAGCGUCCAAUUGUGGAAAAACAUAACUCAUAUGCCUUCUAUCAUCCAGCCACCGAGGCUAUUGCUGGCGUGGUUAGCGAUAUACCGGUCAAGUUCGUCAUAGCAGUCGUGUUCAACCUUAUCCUCUAUUUCAUGGCGGGGCUUCACAGAGCGGCAGGGCAAUUCUUCCUCUACCUGCUGGUCACAUUCAUCGUGAUGUUCGUGAUGAGUGCAGUCUUCCGUACGAUGGCGGCUAUCACCCAAACAGUCUCACAAGCAAUGGGGUUGGCAGGUAUAUUGAUCUUGGCUCUGAUUGUCUACACGGGAUUUGUGCUUCCUGUUCCUUCGAUGCAUCCUUGGUUCGAAUGGAUUCAUUAUCUCAACCCUAUCUUUUAUGCAUUCGAGAUCCUAAUUGCCAACGAAUUUCACGGACAUGACUUUAUAUGCUCGCAAUUUAUCCCGGCCUACCCUAGCUUGAGUGGUAACUCCUUUGUAUGUUCGUCUCCUGGCUCCAAAGCUGGGCAGCGCGUUAUGAGCGGUGAUGAUUAUAUACAGGUGAACUACCAGUAUAGCUACUCGCACGUAUGGCGCAACUUCGGCAUCUUGAUUGCCUUCCUUGUCGGGUUCAUGGUGAUUUACUUUAUUGCCACUGAGUUGAAUUCGUCUACCAGCAGCACUGCCGAAGUUUUGGUCUUCCGUCGUGGACAUGAGCCAGCAUAUUUGCGCACCGAUUCAAAGAAGCCCGAUGCUGAGAACGCAGUGGAGCUCAGUGCGAUGAAACCAACUACGGAGUCGGGUGAAGGGGAUCUGUCUAUCAUACCACCACAGAAGGAUAUCUUCACUUGGAGAGACGUUUGCUAUGAUAUCGAGAUCAAGGGUGAACCCCGACGGCUAUUGGACCAUGUUUCUGGAUGGGUCAAGCCAGGCACGCUGACUGCUCUCAUGGGUGUCAGUGGUGCAGGUAAAACCACUUUGCUGGAUGUAUUGGCGCACCGAACUUCCAUGGGUGUUAUUACAGGUGACAUGUUCGUGAAUGGCCGGGGCCUCGACCAAAGCUUCCAGAGAAGCACCGGCUAUGUUCAGCAGCAGGAUCUGCAUCUUGAAACUGCUACUGUCCGCGAGUCGCUCCGAUUCAGCGCUCUCCUUCGUCAACCCCCUAAUGUCUCCAUCCAGGAAAAGUAUGACUAUGUGGAGGACGUGAUCCGCAUGUUGAAGAUGGAAGAUUUCGCCGAAGCAGUCGUCGGUGUUCCCGGCCAAGGAUUGAACGUUGAGCAACGCAAAUUGUUGACCAUCGGUGUUGAACUGGCUGCGAAGCCUAAGCUCUUGCUCUUCUUGGACGAACCCACUAGCGGUCUUGAUUCCCAGAGUUCUUGGGCUAUCUGCGCAUUCCUCCGGAGGCUUGCCGACAGCGGGCAAGCGGUCCUCUGUACCAUUCAUCAGCCUAGUGCAAUUCUUUUCCAGCAGUUCGAUCAGCUCCUGUUCCUUGCACGUGGUGGAAAGACGGUCUACUUUGGUCCCAUUGGAGAGAACUCUAAUACCCUCCUUAACUACUUCGAAUCAAAUGGGGCACGGAAAUGUGCCGAUGACGAAAACCCGGCUGAGUGGAUGCUGGAGAUUGUGAACGCUGGCAAGAACUCCCAGGGUGAGAACUGGUUUGACGUCUGGAAGCGAAGCAGCGAGUGUCAAGGCGUACAGACUGAGAUCGAUCGGAUCCACACGGAGCAGCAGGCGAAGACGCAAGCCAAUACCGGAGACAGCGAAGCCGGAAGUACGUCCGAAUUUGCCAUGCCAUUCUGGUUCCAGUUAUACCAGGUUACCUAUCGUGUGUUCCAGCAGUACUGGCGUAUGCCGGAAUACAUCGCGUCGAAAUGGAUGCUGGGAAUCCUCUCCGGUCUCUUCAUUGGUUUCUCAUUCUUCCAGGCGAAGUCUUCCCUCCAGGGGAUGCAGACCAUCAUCUACUCGUUGUUUAUGCUGUGCUCCAUUUUCUCUUCUCUGGUUCAACAGGUCAUGCCAUUGUUCGUGACCCAGCGAUCCCUGUAUGAAGUCCGCGAAAGACCCAGCAAAACAUACUCAUGGAAAGCCUUCUUGAUCGCCAACAUCAUCGUCGAGAUCCCAUACCAAAUCAUGAUGGGCAUCUUAACAUACGCCUGUUACUACUACGCAGUUGUCGGAGUCCAAGACUCCGAAAGACAGGGUCUCGUCCUCCUGUUAUGUAUUCAAUUCUUCAUCUAUGCCAGCACUUUCGCCCACAUGGCCAUUGCCGCCAUGCCCGACACCGAAACAGCUAGUGCUGUGGUGGUUCUUCUAUUCGCCAUGUCCCUCACAUUCUGUGGUGUCAUGCAAACCCCAACCGCACUGCCCGGAUUCUGGAUCUUCAUGUACCGCGUUUCCCCCUUCACCUACUGGGUCUCAGCCAUGGCCUCCACCCAGCUCCACGAUCGCGUGGUCCAGUGCUCCCCAGCAGAGAUGUCCAUCUUUGACCCUCCAUCGGGCCAGACCUGCGGCGAAUACAUGUCUUCAUUCAUGAGCAUGGCCGGCGGACAGUUGUCGAACCCCAACGCCACCUCGGACUGCAACUACUGCUCGGUCUCUGUGGCAGACGAUUUCCUGUCAAGUGUCAACAUCUAUUGGAGUGAGCGCUGGCGCAACUUCGGCCUCAUGUGGGUGUAUAUCGUGUUUAACAUCUUCCUGGCGACUAUGCUCUACUACACGUUCCGUGUUAAGAAGUGGAACCUCAGUGGCUUGAAGGAGCGCUUCUCUAAGAAGAAGUGA